AUGAUUGUUAAACAUUUUUUAAUAGAAUCCCCAAAAAAAAGAAUAAAAAAUGAUUUAUUGAAUACUGAUUAUUAUGAUGAGAAAGAUAUUAAGUACAAUGACAGCCCUGAGAAUAUGGGUGAACAUAUCCGGCAUCGUAUAAACCAAGAGGGAGAGAGAGAAUUAGCCUACCAACCCAAAAAAUUGUUUUAG